AUGGCGUCGGAGAUCGAGGUGGUGGACGAGGAGGUAGAAUCGAGGGAUCAUCGAGAGGAGGCCACCACAGCCGCGGUGGUGGAGGAUGAGAGUUUGAGGAACGAUGUUUACACGGCCGCUGCCUAUGGAGAUAUGGAAAAGCUGCAGCGCCUAGUAGAGAGGGAGGGCUGCUCAGUUUCUGAACCCGACGCUCUUGGCUACUACGCUCUCCAAUGGGCGGCACUCAAUAAUCGAACGGCUGCUGCUCAAUAUAUUAUUGAGCAUGGAGGUGAUAUUGGUGCACGUGAUCAUACCGGUCAAACUGCUCUGCACUGGAGUGCAGUGAGAGGUGCAGUCCAGGUUGCUGAACUUCUGCUGCAGGAGGGUGCUCGGGCUAGUGCAGCGGAUUUCAAUGGCUAUCAGACGACGCAUGUGGCUGCACAAUAUGGUCAGACAGCUUUGCUUUGUCAUAUUGUCACAAAGUGGAAUGCUGAUCCUGAUGUUCCUGAUAAUGACGGAAGAAGUCCAUUGCACUGGGCUGCUUACAAGGGAUUUGCGGACUGUAUCCGUCUUUUGCUAUAUCUGAAUGCUUAUAGGGGACGGCAGGACAAAGAAGGUUGUACCCCUCUGCAUUGGGCUGCCAUAAGGGGUAACUUAGAAGCAUGCACUGUUUUGGUGCAGGCAGGGAAGAAGGAAGAUUUGAUGGUGACCGAUAAUACUGGCCUCACACCUGCUCAACUUGCUGCUGAUAAGAAUCACCGACAAGUUGCAUUUUUCCUUGGCAAUGCUAGAAAGUUGUUUGACAAACGGUGGGAUAACAACAGCUAUCUGGGCAAACUUUCAAAAUUAGGACUUGCUCCUCUGCUUUGGUGUAUAAUAUUCCUGCUGCUUAUGGCAUAUAUACAUUCAGUUAUUAUGGCUUCAAAUCUACCAAGAUUAACAGCUGGCUUUGGUCUUUUCGCAUGGAUGGGUGUAUUCUUGGCGACAGCUGGUUUAGUUCUAUUUUAUAGAUGUAGCAGGUCAGAUCCUGGCUACAUCAGAAUGAACAUACAUGAUCCAGGAAACAUGAAAGAUGAUGAACCUUUGCUAAAGAUUGACAUCAGUAAUCCAGCUUUGCUUGCUGGAAAUUGGUCUCAGCUUUGUGCAACUUGUAAGAUUGUUCGGCCUCUUCGUGCAAAACAUUGUUCCACGUGCGAUCGUUGUGUUGAACAAUUUGACCACCAUUGCCCCUGGGUUUCCAAUUGCAUUGGCAAGAAAAACAAGUGGGAUUUUUUCUUGUUUCUUGUUCUGGAAGUUCUAGCAAUGUUGAUUACUGGAGCUGUCGCUCUUACAGGAGUAUUGACUGAUCCGUUGGCUCCAUCUACAUUUAGUGCAUGGUUGAGCCAUGCCGGCAAUCAACACAUUGGUGCUUUAGCAUUUAUACUUGCAGAUUUUUUCCUCCUUUCUGGUGUCGGAGUCUUGACUUGUGUACAGGCCUCUCAGAUUGCUCGUAAUAUUACUACCAACGAAAUGGCAAACAUAAUGCGGUACAGCUACUUAAGAGGACCGGGUGGCAGGUUCCGCAACCCAUACGAUCAUGGCUGCAAGAAGAAUUGCUCAGAUUUCUUGAUAAACGGGUACAAUGAAGAUGUAGAGUGUUGUAAUGGAGAUUCGAGGGAAUCUGACGGAAUUGGAAUGGUACACUUGACUCGAAAUGCAAACCUUCCGAAUGGUGAUGGCCAUACACACCAAACGAACGGUAAUGGUCAUCUUGUAAUUGAUGUGAAAAAGAACUCCAAUCCACAUCAAGGGCACACCCAUUCUUCUCAUUGCAGUCAUAACCGUGGUCAAAGUCAGAAUCAGAGUCAGAGUCAGAGUAGUGUCCCUUUAGGUUUGGGUAUUGGUUUGGGUCGAAGUGGGUCUCGUCCUGCCGUGGUAUAA